AUGGAAGUAGUUCCAAGUAAACAAAAUUUGAAUGAUCAAGAAUAUGAUCUAAACAACAAAGGAAAUCCUCUCCCAAUUGUUCAGCUCUUUAGUUCCAAUUUCGAUCUUAAUCCUAUUUUGUCAAAGAAGCAAACUGGAGAUUCUUUUUUCAGUUCUAAGCACCCUAUAAAUUCUGGUAUAUCUCCUGUUGAUCAGAAUAUGUCACCAAAUCACCAAAACUUUGAAUUUAAUCCAAACCAAAUUUUACCGAAUCAUUCACGACAAAACGUUAAUGUUCCCUUCAUAUAUAGCGAGGGUCAUGUGCCAUCACAACAAUAUGGUGGUCCAAAUUUUGGAUAUAAACCAAGCCAAAAUUUACAUAUGGGUGGUGCAAAUUAUAACAAUCAACAUCAUGCUCAACAGACUGUUCACAAUCCUAAAGGUCAAAUAAUAAUUUCUAUAUGA